UAUACAUACAUGCUGUACUACAGUUGUUUGUUUGCACCUUGCAACUUCUCUUUGCAAAAUAAAACGCUUUUAAUUCAAACAACAUGGACCAUAAAAUUCUUGAAAAAAGAAUGUAAGAGUAAUUUAUUAACAAUAUAGUAAUAUGAGGAAUAUAAGAAUACAUGAAAUGAUGUACUAAAAAAUAUCUCAAAAUUUAUAAUUGGUACAACUAACUCAGUAAUUGCAGAGAGACAUGUUGAAGAAAGUUAUUCAGAAAAUUCCAGGUGAAAUACCAUCUCCUUACACAAAAGAACAUCAUAUAGAAGACUUAGGAAAGAAACAGAAAUAUGAAUUAGAGGAACUGUUGGAAAGACAAAAUAAAAUUCUUGCUAAUAAAGCAUUUAUAAUGAAACUUCCUGAUAGAGGACAAAAGAUUAAAGAAUUUUAUGACAAAAUAUUGAAAGAAAUAGAACAUAAGAAUGAAGUUGAGAAAGCAGCUAGUCUUUUAUCAAGAUUAAAUUUAGCAUCCGAAGGUAAAGCUGCUAUGAAUGAACUAGAAUGGACAGGCAAAUAUAGUGAAACGAAAGAUACAGUCAAAAUCGUUGAACUUGAUAGUGAUGAUGAAGAAGAUCCACUGAAAAUAUUAGCACAACCCACAGGUUCUGGUGUACACAAAAAGAAAAUUAUCCAUCUACCACCAGAGGAAAGUUUAAUUAAACCAGAAGAUUUAGCUGAAAUAGAAUCUUUCAAACAAGAAGAAUUUAAUGAAGCAGAACACAUUAAAUAUAUUCUCAAUAAAGUAGAAAAUCCUUCAGAAGAGAAAGAUAAGAAAAAAGAACCAUUUAAGCCAUACAAAACUACCAAAUCUAAUGUACACGAUCCAGAAAAGGAGAAACAAAGAAAGACUAAUAAAAAUUGGGAAGUUACAGCAGCUACACCUCCACUUAUAGUUCAUGGUGCUGUAAAAGUCAUAAAUUUGAACGAGUCUUUAUCACUACAAAAAGAACAUGAAGAAAAACUUCAGAAGAUUCAAGCCAAACAUGCAGCUGAAAAAUUUGCAGAACAACUUGGUUUACAUACUAUUGGACGUCCACCAAAAAAUUUAGAUACCUAUCAGUUACAAGGCGAAAAAGACUCAAAUUCAUCUUCUACUUCAGAGAAUGAAGAAGAAAAUGAAGUACAUGAUGAUGAAGAUAAUGAUAAAAGAGGCACA